GCCGAUACGGCGACCAGCACGACAACUUUGCACAGCACUACCGAGACCAGCACAAGUCCACACAGCACCACCGCCACGUCUUCAGCAACGAGUACCACAUACAGUGCCACUACGUUCAGCAGCACAACGGAUAGCAGCGUAUCGAGAAGCAGCAGCACGACAUCCUCUCCGCACAGUUAUACCCUCACGAGCUCGAGCAGCGCCACGGAGACAAGCCCUACGACAUCGACAGGCACAACGCAGACAAGUACGACAACACUCACAUCGACAAACUUCACGGCGGCUAUCACGGCGACCAACACGACAACUUUGCACAGCACUACCGAGACCAGCACAACUCCACACAAUGCCACCGCCACGUCUUCAGCAACAAGUGUUACAGAUAAUGCCACUACGUUGAGCAGCACAACGGAUAGCAGCCUAUCGAGAAGCAGCAGCACAACGUCUUCUCCAUGCAGUUCUACCCUUACGAACGUGGACAGCAUCAUGGCGACAACAAGCUCGACGACAUUGACAAGCACAUCGCAGACAAGCACGACAACAAUCACAUCGACAAACGUCACGACGGGCGGCUUCCAAGAGGUCCCGCUGGUCUUCGAACGCUUGGCCGAGGAGGUGUAUGAUGGCGCGACAUGGAAGUAUUAUGACAGGGUUGUGCAAGACGAUUUUACAAUCAGCUUUGAAUUCAAGACGACGUCUUCCAAUACUCCGAACGCUGGGCCUUGGUAUAAAGGUAUGGGGCUGGUAGAUGCCGAAACGGGAGGUAUUAACAAUGACUUUGGAAUUUCAAUGAUGGAGGGAUCAGUUGCUUUCGGCAUCGGGAACCCAGAUACAACAAUCACAUCAGCAAAUACCUUUGCAGAUGGUGCGUGGCAUCAUGUGGUGGCGAGUCGCACACGGUCAACUGGUGAGUUCUCGCUAUGCGUUGAUGGCGUUCUCGUGGGCACCAAGACAGGAAACACGAAUUCUCUUACGAGUCCAGACCAGAUUUGCGUUGGGCGCAUCGCAACUGGAAAUGACGGGGCAGCGUUCUAUGGGUCCAUGCGGGCCUUGGAAAUCUACUCCUACUCCUAUGCAGUGGCGCCAGAGUACUGCCAGGCUUUUACGGCGACCAAGACCAGCACAACGACCGAGACCAGCACGACAACUUUGCACAGCACUACCGAGACCAGCGCAACUCCGCACAGCACCACCGCCACGUCAUCAACGAGUACUACAGGCAGUUCCACUACGUUGAGCAGCGCAACGGAUAGCAGCGUAUUAACAAGCACAACGCAGACACGUACGACAGCAAGCACAUUGACAAACUUCACGGAUCCGUGUGACGAUUGGUCCAUGUCGCCUGGUAUCACUACGCCUUGCCAGCAUGGUGUGCCGUAUGAUUUCGCGGGUGAUCCAGCCCUCAGCGAGUAUGAUUACAAUAACGCAUCUUGGUCUUCGAUUUAUGCUUGCAACCUGAACGCCGCAGGUUCUUCGUAUUACAUCCGCAGUCCUGCGUUUUACUUCGUACCCGGUGACUACAAACUGGAUGUGUGGGCUGAGGACGACUUAUUUGUUGCUUUGGUUCCACAGGUCGGCACUGUGUCAAAUAUAUUCGGGCAGAUGAGUGCGGACUGCAACAGCUGGACCCCCUCAUCCAAACAGCAGAGAAAUUUGAAUUUCCAUGUUGCCGAUUGGGGCUUUUACAGAGUUGCCAUGCUGCAUGCCACGGAUGGUGGCUCUAUUCGGCUCACAGACUGGACGUCCGUGCCGGCUUUUACGGUGACCAAGACCAGCACAACGACCGAGACCAGCACGACAAGUGUGCACAGCACUACCGAGACCAGCGCAACUCCGUACAGCACCACCGCCACGUCACCAACGAGUACCACAGACAGUGUCACUACGUUGAGCAGCACAACGGAUAGCAGCGUAUCGAGAAGCAGCAGCACAACGUCCCUUACGAGCUUGCGCAGCACCACGGAGACAAACUCGACAACAGUGACAAGCACAACGCAGACAAGUACGACAACAAUCACAUCGACAAGCUUCACGGUGGCGACGUAUUACACAAUUGCAGGCGGCACUUGCCCCGUCGCCAGGACGAUUUGGGACACGGCGGAGUGCGAGAGCGCCGUCGCAUCGCUCGGUUUGCAGGCGACCUGGAGGGAGGAUGGGAAAACGGGCACCUGGUCUUGGACGCCGCCAGGUUGCUGGGUGAAUGACCACUACGGUUACUUUGCCCUCACGACAACCGACGCGGCCACCAACAACGGCGACUACACGGCGAUUUGCCGCGAACCCACGCUGGCGUACCCGGCGACCGUGUACGUUGAGUACAGCAAUUUCUGCGUGGAUGUGAACCAAAUCGAUUUAGCUCACACCCCCAUUGCUUUCGAGACAAACCUGACGCGUUGCCAGCAAUCCUGUUCAGACGAUGUGGAUUGUUCUGCGGUGGAGUGGUACUCUGAUGGUUGGGAUGGUGCUUACUGCUACCAUAUCUUAUCGAACACGCCAGCAACGCAGGGCUCCAACGGUACCCAGUGGCUUGACGCCAAAUGCUACGUCAAGGUGUUACAGACGACCACGAGCUCAGCAACCGCCACAACAACCACAACCGCCACAAUGACCAUCCCAGAUUCUGCAUUGAUCGUCGAUGGGGAUGUAGGGGUGAAUAGUAGUUUGUGUGGUGCGUACACGUGGGGGCCAGAUUUAACAACGAGCAACACGGAUUCGUAUAAGAUGUGCAGCCCAAUUGCCGUGAAGGCGGCGGGAUGCCGUUGUUGCGGUGGCAACGUGAGUUCCAUAUGCGACUAUGAUUGCCAAGCGUACACAUUCAAGGAGUGUGCAUCGUUGUGCGAGGAAACGUUUGUAGGUGGGCGGCUCUGCACAGCAUCUGAAAUUCUUUCAGGGAUCACAGGGCUAACGGGAUGCAAAUACGAUGUAAUGCAUGUUUGGACAAGCACAGCGUGUUCAUACGACUCGACGUGCAGCUCUGAGGAAGUCAAUGUUCCAGAGCUCGAUCGAAGCUAUAGUAGCAUUUGGCACAGCCAAUCACCUGGUGACACUUACGCCCAGUCAAUGGUCGAUUCGCCACAGGCCUGGAGCUCUCUACACAACAGUUUUGGGGACUGGAUGCAGAUGGACCUUGGGAUGGUAGCCGAGGUCGAAGGCGUUGUGACCCAAGGUCGAAACUCAGCUUUUUGUUGCCAAUGGGUAACCAGCUUCGAAGUGGCUGUUUCGCUAGACGGCAUCUCCUGGUCUGCUGUUGACGGGAACUUCACGGGAAACUCGGAUGAGGAUACGAAGUUGUAUUCUUUGUUUCAGUCCACGGAACUGGCACGUUAUGUCCGUAUCUUCGCGCUGACUUCGUAUAACCAUGUGUCUAUGAGAGCCGCAGUCCUCACCCGCAAAUGCCGCAGCACCACCGAGACUAGCACCUCUUCGCGCACCACGACCGUCACGACUUCUUCUUUUUACACGACGUCAUUUGCGACUUCUUCCAGUAGUACCACCACGAGCUUGCUCAGCACGACGCAGACCAGCAGCGCGUCGGCGACCAGCUCGACAGGAAGCAGCAGCACGACGACAAUGACGUCGACCAGCACUGCGUCAUUGAGCACCGCGACGCAGAGUAGUAGCAGCAGCCGGACGUCCACGAGUGAGACGAACAACGCCACCAGUGCCACUUCUUCGACCACAGCACGUUGA